AUGUACUUGACUGAGGAAUAUCUUCCCCCACCUCCAAAACCCUCUGUGGUAACUCCUCAACCUGUAAUGGCAGUUAAUAUAAGAGGUCCAAUGCCUUCUGUAGCACCUGUAAUGGUAGUACCACCUGUAAUGAUGGCUCCUCGUCCUGCAAGCUUCAUGCCUGGCCCUCAUGCACCCCAUGUUCCAAGAAUUAUGGUCCUUCAGCCACCUCAAAUAGCGCCUGAUGGGGCAGACACUUUCACUGACCUUCCAGUAACAGAUCCAGUAUCUGUUGUUAAAGCUAAACCUCAUGAAGAAAUUGGUUUGCCCCCAGGUAAGCAUAAGUUGGCAAGAGAUGGAUUGUUCUUCAAGGAUUCACAGUCUUUGACUUAUUACAAUGUUGGAUCUGGAACUGUUAUUCACAGUUGA